UAUUUUUUGCCACAGACUUUUCCCUUAUUUUAUUAAUAAAAGGAGGGGCCCUCUCUGGAACAGACACCUACCAGUCUUUGGUCAACAAAACCUUUGGCUUUCCAGGGUAUCUCCUCCUCUCUGUCCUACAAUUUUUGUAUCCUUUCAUAGCUAUGAUAAGUUACAACAUAAUAGCAGGAGAUACUUUGAGCAAAGUUUUUCAAAGGCUCCCAGGGGUUGAUCCUGAGAACUUGUUUAUUGGUCGACACUUCAUUAUUAUACUUUCCACAGUUACCUUUACUCUGCCAUUGUCCAUGUACCGAGAUAUAGCAAAGCUUGGGAAGAUUUCCUUUAUUUCUACAGUUUUAACAACUCUGAUUCUCGGAAUUGUAAUAACAAGGGUAGUGUCAUUGGGUCCACACAUACCCAAAACAGAAGAUGCCUGGGUAUUUGCAAAGCCCAAUGCCAUCCAGGCAGUUGGGGUUAUGUCUUUUGCAUUUAUUUGCCAUCAUAACUGCUUCUUGGUCUAUGGCUCUCUGGAGGAACCUACGGUUGCUAAGUGGUCUCAUACCAUCCAUAUGUCCAUCUCGGUUUCUGUAUUUAUCUCUACGCUCUUUGCUACGUGUGGAUAUUUGACUUUUACUGGCUUCACCCAAGGAGACUUAUUUGAAAAUUAUUGCAGAAGUGAUGACCUGGUAACCUUUGGAAGGUUUUGUUACGGCAUUACUGUCAUUUUGACCUAUCCCAUAGAAUGUUUUGUGACUAGAGAGGUAUUGGCCACUGUGUUUUUUGGGGGGACGCUUUCAUCAGUGUUCCACAUUGUUAUCACAGUGGUCAUCAUUGCUGUAGCCACACUGGUGUCAUUGCUGAUUGAUUGCCUCGGAAUAGUUUUAGAACUCAAUGGUGUGCUCUGUGCAGCUCCACUGAUUUUUAUCAUUCCAUCAGCAUGUUAUCUGAAACUUUCUGAAGAGCCAAGGACACACGCAGAUAAGAUUAUGUCCUGUGUCAUGCUUCCUAUUGGUGCUGUGGUGAUGGUUUUCGGAUUCAUCAUGGCGAUCACAAAUCCUCAGGACUGUACCCACGGGCAAGAAAUGUUCUACUGUUUUCCUGACAAUUUCUCCCUUAGCAAUACCUCAGAUUCUCAUUUUCAACUGACAACACAACUUUCCAUUUUAAACAUCAGUAUCUUUCAGUGAACUGAUUGCUUAAAAAAGUAUGCAUGCUUUUAUAGACUUCUAAACCACCUAA